GCUGGAGCUGGCGCUCACUAUUCAGUGGUUUCUUGGUGACACUAGGCAGAACAACUCCAGCCUUUACCGCUCCUGGUUUCUCGGCUUCUCAUCGCAGUCAGUCUUGGACUUUGCGGGUUUGGCCGCUGUCAGAAGGACGUCUCGGACUUUCUGCUUCAAGCGCUUGACAACUCACCCUUUCAGCAGGGUAUCGGAGCAUCGCUACAGAAUGAAGCUGGUUUCCAUCGCCCUGGUGUUAUUGGGUUCGCUCGCCGUUCUCGGCGCGGACACCGCACGGCUCGACACUUCCUCGCAGUUCCGAAAGAAGUGGAAUAAGUGGGCGCUAAGUCGUGGGAAGAGGGAACUACAAGCGUCCAGCAGCUACCCUACGGGGCUCGUUGAUGAGAAGACAGUCCCGACCCAGACUCUUGGGCUCCAGGACAAGCAGAGCACGUCUAGCACCCCACAAGCCAGCACUCAGAGCACAGCCCACAUUCGAGUCAAACGCUACCGCCAGAGCAUGAACCAGGGCUCCCGCAGCACUGGAUGCCGCUUUGGGACCUGCACAAUGCAGAAACUGGCUCACCAGAUCUACCAGUUAACAGGCAAAGACAAGGACGGCAUGGCCCCCAGAAACAAGAUCAGCCCUCAAGGCUAUGGCCGCCGGCGCCGGCGUUCCCUGCCAGAGGUCCUCCGAGCCCGGACUGUGGAGUCCUCCCAGGAGCAGACACACUCAGCUCCAGCCUCCCCGGCGCACCAAGACAUCUCCAGACUCUCCAGGUUAUAGGUGCGGGUGGCAGCAUUGAACAGUCGGGCGAGUAUCCCAUUGGCGCCUGCGGAAUCAGAGAGCUUCGCACCCUGGGCGGACUGAGACAAUCCUGCAGAGAUCUGCCUGGCUGCCCCUAGGGGAGGCAGAGGAACCCAAGAUCAAGCCAGGCUCACGUCAGAAACCGAGAAUUACAGGCUGAUACUCUCUCCGGGCAGGGGUCUGAGCCACUGCCUUGCCCGCUCAUAAACUGGUUUUCUCACGGGGCAUACGCCUCAUUACUACUUGAACUUUCCAAAACCUAGCGAGGAAAAGUGCAAUGCUUGUUAUACAGCCAAAGGUAACUAUCAUAUUUAAGUUUGUUGAUGUCAAGAGGUUUUUUGUUUUUUUUUUUUGUAACUUCAAAUAUAUAGAGAUAUUUUUGUACGUUAUAUAUUGUAUUAAGGGCAUUUUAAAGCGAUUAUAUUGUCACCUUCCCUAUUUUAAGAAGUGAAUGUCUCAGCAAGGUGUAAGGUUGUUUGGUCCUGUGUGUGUGUGUGUGUGUGUGUGUGUGUGUGUGUGUGUGUGUGUGUGUGUAAGGUGGAGAGCGCCUGAUUACCGCCUGUGGAUGAAGAAAAAACAUUGUGUCUUCUAUAAUCUAUUUACAUAAAAUAUGUGAUCUGGGAAAAAGCAAACCAAUAAACUGUCUCAAUGCUGA